GAGAGAGAGAAGCAGCGGCAGCAGCAGCAGCAGCCGUGCCGAAACCCACUCACCUCUUCCUGCCUUGGAAUGCUUGAGUGGUAGGAAAAGGCAGCGCCUGACUCUGAGCCGAAGGAAAGGUACCCAGCCGUUCCCUUCCUCUCCCCUAGCAAGAUGCAAGCCAGCGCCGAUUCUACGAAGAUGGAAUGCCUCUGGAGCAAUUGGAAAGGCCAGGCUAUGGACCUGUUAUACUGGCGUGACAUCAAGCAGACAGGCAUCAUGUUUGGGAGUGUCCUGCUGCUGCUCUUCUCCCUGACCCAGUUCAGCGUCGUCAGCGUGAUUGCGUACCUGGCGCUAGCGGCUCUCUCGGCCACCAUCAGCUUCAGAAUCUACAAGUCAGUCCUACAGGCUGUGCAGAAAACCGAUGAAGGCCACCCAUUCAACUACUUGGAAAUGGAAAUGUCGCUCUCCCAGGACCAGAUUCAGAAAUACACAGAUUGCCUCCAGUCGUACGUGAACAGCACAGUCAAAGAACUCAGGCGGCUUUUCCUGGUCCAGGACCUGGUGGAUUCCUUAAAAUUUGCAGUACUAAUGUGGCUAUUGACUUACGUUGGAGCCCUCUUCAAUGGCCUAACUCUUCUGAUAAUGGCUGUGGUCUCAAUGUUUACUCUACCUGUCGUAUACGACAAGUACCAGGCACAGAUUGACCAAUACUUGGGGCUUGGGAGGACCCACAUAAAUACCGUCGUGGCGAAGAUCCAAGCAAAAAUCCCAGGCGCAAAGAGGAAGGCUGAGUAGAAACAGCAGCAAGAAUUCCUCACCUACAGGCGUGAAUGAUGAGGGAGUCUGGGAUGAAAACAGCUCUGUUCUUACUUUUUACUUAUAAUUUAUUAUUCGUCUCUCUCUUUCUCUCUCUCUCUGGGUGAAGGCAGACGUAAAAUAGAAAGAUUGCUUACAGAGUGUCCCCCAGCUGCAGUGUGAGCCUAAUUUCCUUCUGGCUUCAUCACAACUAAAAUGGCAGGCACACAUACGAGUGAAUUGAACACUGGUUCAGCCGGCUGUCUGAAUCUCCUCCCCGAGCCCCUGUUGCUUCAGGUUGGGUGUCCAGCUUUUUUAUUUUUAAAAAUAAAAAUGAGAACUUCACUUGAAUUUUCAGGCACUUUUGGUUUUUGUUUUGUUUUUUAAGUGCAGAAGUACUCCGGGGAUAGGGAGGGACGAGUGUCUGGGUGACAUCAUAGGGAGCCAGCCAAUCGGCACUGCACACAGCCAGCUCCCGCUUCAGAAUUGCAGAACUGUUUCCCCCCAGAGCUCGACCCUGGAAAGGAAAGGGACGUUUGGACUGAAUGCAGCCGAGGUGCCCGCCGGAGUGCUCCUCCGCUCUAAACAUGGUACAUCUGCCUUCACCCUUCUCUCUUUCAAACACCAUGAUCUCAGAGAUGUGAAACAACGAAGCAGCUGUUUUUUUUUUCUCCUCUCCUGCUGUUUCUGUACUCUCUUAGACUAUUUGCAAUCACGUUUGUCAAGCACUAAAGUAUAGUAAAGAGAAAAAGUGUUCUAAGUGUGGUUCUUGUGUUGCUUCUCAAGUGCAUGAUGGUGAGAGCCUAAAAAUACUAUUGAACUUUCUAUUUUUUAUUUCCUAGUGCUUCUCUUACUUCUUCCUCUUCUUCCUCCUAUUGGCAUUGCUUCGAUAACUUUUAAUGUUACAUGUCGCUAGGGCUUUCCUGCUUAGUGCACUGAUGCUGUUUUGCUUCUGUGUCCACUGGGUUUGCUGGUUGGGAGUUAUCUUUACUAACUAUCUAGAAUCGUAGACAGACGUCCUUAAGUGUUGUUGUUUUUUUUCCAGCACAAGUAAUGGAAAACGAAAGAGAAACCGGUAAUGAUGUGGUAUAAGCCGUUUUGUAUAACUCUCUAAAAGGAAAAAAAAA